AAGUCUUGCAGCUCCAUUCGCCGCUUGCUAAACCUUUACCAACCAGCCAUCAGCGCGAUGAUGUUCUUUUACAAGCCUGCGUUCGAACAUUCUCGUAGACUUUUCAGUGAGCGGUAUAAAGCGCCACCCUUCGACCGAUGAAGACGCUCUCCACCAUCUUCUUCGCCAUCAUCGCAAUUGCCAUAGCAGUCUACCGCAGCGACUCUAUGCUCUCGAGGGUCACGCAGAUAUCGAAACAAUUCACUCCGAUCACGAGGUUCACGAAUACCUUCUUCAAUAACACCAAAGAUAUGUCGACAGGCACCAUGUUCCGCGGCUUGGCCGUCAUCCCGGACGAGCCAUUGACCACGAAUGCGCCUCGCAAGAUCGCCAAAUCCUUCCACGCGAUUGAGCAGUCAGAGGGUGCGGGCGCAAAAGUGAGGAGAAGUGUUGGAACACCACAACUUCGCAACUUCUCACCCUUCCUCAUGCUUGACCACUUCGCCAUUCCGCCUGGGGCUGGCUUCCCGGACCACCCCCACCGUGGCCAGGAGACUAUCACAUACCUUCUCUCCGGCGCUGUCGACCACGAAGACUUCGCCGGCAAUAAAGGCACAAUCGAGACGGGCGACCUCCAGUUCAUGACCGCUGGUCGAGGCAUCGUACAUGCCGAAAUGCCGCGCCAGAACGCUGACGGCUCGCCAAACGUCGGAAUGCAGCUGUGGGUCGACCUUCCCAAGGAGUUGAAAUCGUGCGAACCGAGAUACCGAGACUUGCGCGCGAAUGAGAUACCGGAGGCCACAUCGGAUGAUGGCAAGGUACGAGUGAAGAUCAUCAGCGGGAAGGCGUACGGAACGGAGAGUUUGAAGGAGCUGGCAUAUACACCUGUUUGGUUGCUUGACUUUACGGUUCAGCCUGGCGGGACAGUCAAGCAGAGUCUGCCAAAGGGGUGGAACGCAUUUGCAUACCUGCUCAACGGCACCACCAUCUUCUCUUCCGACGGCGUAUCGCGACCGGUCGAGCAAUACCACAACGUAGUUUUUGAGAAGGGUGGCGACAGCAUCGAAGCGUCGGUUGAGGAGGGCGCGGAGAAAGAGUCGAGAUUCAUAUUGGUCGCUGGAUUGCCACUCGAUCAGCCUAUUGUACAGUACGGACCUUUCGUUGUGACGAGCAGGGACGAGGUCAUGCAGGCGAUGAUGGACUAUCAGACACACUCGAAUGGAUUUGAGAGAGCGAACAACUGGGAGAGUGAGAUUGGCAAGAGCAUGGUUCACUAAGUAGUUCUUUUCGUGUUUCUUGUAUAUAUUUCACUCACGAUGCGUCGUUGAGCAAGGCUUUCUACCGAAUGAUAUCACUGCAGCGCUCUACUUUUCUCCCUUACGCUCAACAGCGUCCAUUUCUACGUCUAUGGCUACACGUACUGACCUUGAAACCAGAUCUUCCAUGCUUUUCUCUACCCACGUUCUAACUUGUUCUAUAGACUGACACAUCCAUUCGAGCUAUCCUCGACAAAAAUACUCCCAUAGAUCUGACCCUCACCGCGCUCU